AUGGCGUCUCCGGCGGGUGAAGCUGGAAAGAAGAAGGCAAUGUGGCUCUAUCCAAAGGUUAUGGGCUUUAAUCCUUCUGAGAGAUGGGGGCAUUCUGCUUGCUAUUCUAAUGGCCUUCUCUAUGUCUUUGGGGGAUGUUGUGGGGGCCUGCAUUUCAGUGAUGUCCUCGUGCUAAAUCUCAACACGAUGGCUUGGAACACUCUUGUGACCACUGGGCAGGGUCCAGGCCCGAGAGACAGCCAUAGUGCCGUACUUGUUGAGCACAGGAUGAUAGUGUUUGGGGGCACAAAUGGUUCUAGAAAGGUCAGCAAUCUUCAUAUAUUGGAUCUCAGGACAAGAGAGUGGACCCAGGCCAAUUGCAAAGGCGUUCCACCUUCCCCUCGUGAAAGUCACACUGCCACACUUGUUGGCAAUGAGAUAUUAGUUAUAUUUGGAGGCAGUGGAGAAGGGGAGGCAAAUUAUUUGAAUGAUUUACAUUUUCUAGACCUCAACACCAUGAGGUGGACUUCCCCUGAGGUGAAGGGUGAUAUUCCUGCCCCUAGGGACAGUCAUAGUGCUGUUGCAAUGGGAAACAAGCUCUUUGUAUAUGGUGGAGAUUGUGGUGAUCGGUACCAAGGCGAUGUUGACAUGUUUGAUAUGGAUACACUGACUUGGUCAAGGUUGGCUGUUCAUGGACCUUCACCUGGUGUUCGAGCUGGGCAUGCUGCUGUGAGUUUUGGAUCACAGGCAAGCCUUAUUGUUGUUUCAUACCAAGUAUAUGUAAUUGGUGGGGUUGGUGACAAGAGAUACUACAAUGAUGUUUGGGACCUUGAUAUAAGUACAUGUUCAUGGAAGCACCUUGAGAUACAUGGCCAACCACCGCAAGGGCGGUUCUCUCAUACAGCCAUCGUCAUCGGCUCUGACAUAGUUAUUUAUGGAGGGUGUGGGGAGGAUGAGCAUCCUCUCAAAGAGUUACUCAUCUUGCAGCUUGGUGGGGAACAUCCAUAUGGCUGUUAUAAUAUGUCCAUGUCUAAAACCUUUGGAAGCCUCUGCAACCAAGAAAAGAGAAGGUUCAUGCGAGAAUCAGUGAAUAUCUCGAAAAAUAUGUUUUUGGGCAAUGAUAUAGAUGGAAUAAGAAAGGAAGCUUGCAAACCAGAAUUGGAGCCAAAGCAAUCUUUUCGAUUCAGUUCAGAUACUUUGCAUCCAAAGAGAAGACGAAUGGCCAACUUGAAGGCAUGUGAGAUAGAAUCAGAGCCAGAAGAGCAUUCUCUUUCGCUCUCCCAGCAUUCAUCUCCAUCUCAAUCUGAUCAAGAACAGACACCUGUUAAGAAGACCACUAACUCUGCCCCGGCUUCUCAGAUAUUUCCUUUGUUUAAGCAACAUAAUUUGAAUCCUAGCAGUUUCCCAUCUAAAAAUCUCCCAAGUAACCAUACAAGCCCCAGAAUUAUUAUCCGAAGAACUCCACAGGAUCUACACUUCUUGGGAGAACCUUUCAAUCAGCCAAAACCAGAACAAUAUAUCCAUGUUAACUCUACUGGUGGACAAGAAAUGCAAUGCCCAGCAGCAGAACAGAACCCCUUAGAGGCAGGAUCUGUCAGAAGCCUGAUUGGAGCUGAAAUUCGUGGGAAAGUUGAUGGAGCUUUUGACUCAGGUUACUUGAUGACGGCAACUGUCAAUGGAAAGCUAUUUAGAGGGGUCUUGUUUGCUCCGGCCACUGAAGUUGGUUGUAGAGGAACCUUUCUUGGGCAGGAUAAUUCAUCUCUCACAAGCCAGGUUGCUAUCACUCAACCACACCCACAAUUGAAUCAUAUAAGUUCCACUUUUGUAAGGCAUCCUCAACAGCUGACAACACUACAUGGACCAGAACCCCAUCAGAACGUCCGGCAAGCGCAAGUUAGCAGAUCAUCUCCGGUCAAUAGAGCCACUCCAUUUUUACACAGAGAUCCAAAUCUCAGAAGUGAACUUCAAGGUGUAGUUCUGACACUGGGAGGUCCAGGAAGUGGUAAUGGUGGAUUGUAGAUGAACUGGAACCUUGACACAUUAUACGCUGAGUCAGGAAUUCCCCAAACCAACCCCUAUUUCCCUCCCAUUUCUUCUACGUCUUUGUAAAUCUCAGGUAGAG